AUGUCACCAUCACUCCCAGAUUCCUACUCAACCCUCCCAUUCCAACACAUCCGCGUCUCUCACGUACCCGAGUCCUCACCAACACCCACUCAAAUCAUUCUAGUCACACUAUACCGACCAGGAAAACACAAUGCAUUCACGGAUACUAUGACCGAAGAUCUUGAAACAGCCUUUAAUCUCUUCUCACUCGAUCCUAGAGUGAAAUGUAUUGUGAUUACUGGCCAUGGAAAGAUGUUUUGUGCUGGAGCUGAUUUAGAAACUGAUUUGUCUUAUGAGAAUGACACGGCGAUGACACAUCGAGAUGGUGGUGGAAGGGUAGCACUAGCUAUCCAUAGAUGCACAAAACCUACAAUUGCGGCCAUCAAUGGCACGGCUGUGGGUAUUGGCAUAACCUUAACCCUCCCAACCUCCAUCCGUAUCGUCUCCUCAACCGCAAAAAUGGGAUUUGUCUUUGCUCGCCGCGGUAUAAUAAUGGAAGCCUGUUCCUCCUAUUUCCUCCCUCGUCUCAUCGGUCUCUCCCGUGCCACCCACCUUAUCACAACUGGCUCAAUCUACCCAUCAACAUCUCCCCUUCUUUCCAGCCUAUUUUCCGAGAUCCUACCCCCAGAACAAGUUCUCCCGCGAGCAUUAGAACUCGCAGGUGAUAUUUCCAAAAACACCAGUGCGGUGUCAACUGCCGUUAUGAAAGAUUUGAUGUGGAGAGGUCCCAGCACGGCGGAGGAAACGCAUCUUCUGGAAAGUAAGAUUUUGUUGGAGUUGUAUGAUGGGGAAGACAAGAAUGAGGGAAUUAAAAGCUUCAUGGAGAAGAGAGACCCGAAAUUCAAGGACAACAUGCAAGAGAAUUCACCGAGUGUUUGGCCUUGGUGGAAACCUAUUGAUACGAAAACACCAUCUACGACCGAGGAAUUGACACGGCGAUUGAUGGAAAAGGAGCCAGAAGCAGGAAAAGCUAAGCUUUGA